UUCUGAGUAAGGGAAUUAUGAAAAAAUACAACUACAAACGUAGAAUGGAAUGUAUUUUUGGCGCUCUGCGGAUUUGACGGUUGCCGGUUGAAAAAACGAUGGUUUUCGAAGUUCUUGUCAAGUUGAAGUCAUCAACCGCCCUUUGAUCGUUAUUUUAAGUUUUGUUUAUUCAAUCAAUCAGUUAAAACAAUAUAAAUGUAUAUUUUGUGAAGUGUUUUGCUUAAAAUACGUAGGAUUGCAUUUAAAUGUGGUAUAAAUUAUUAAAUAGUAACUAAUAUUGGUAAAUAUGAGUUCCGAAAGUUCCGACCCUGGUGCAAAUAUCGCGCUUUCAUUAGUGGCUCAGUUUGACGAAAUUAAUCGUAUUAAUAACGUUCUGAAUGACAGUUCGACGGAAGAAUGUUUCCUAGCAUUUUUGAAACAAAUGGAAUGGGUGCGCACCCAGUGGGCUGCGGCAGAAACAGAAGCUGUGCGCCUUCAAACGGAGCUGGAUGAGGCCCUCCGCACACUCUCUAAAUGGGAGGCUAAGUUUGCGCAUGUUCGCAAAUUGCUGGAUGAAGAGAAACGCGAGAGAAAUAUUGUUUUGAAGAAAUAUAAUGAAUUGAGCAAGCUAUUAGACAUGGCUCGGGAUCUGCUGUUCAACGACAAUAGAGCUAAACUGAAUGAUGAGACCCUCCAGAAGCUGGCCUUCCUCAACGGUACUGCGCAGCAGGAUCAUAAUGCCAAGAUUAAUGGCAUCCCGGAACUUAAUUCUACUGGUACACUUCUAUCAGAAAUGUCAUAUUCUCGGUCAGAAGAUGACCUGGAUCUAUCAUUAGCAUCAACUCGCCGUUCGUGGGUGCAGCGUGGCGGCUGGAACGUGCGAGAGAACCCGCCGGCCAGCAAGAAGAGACGCUCUUCUACCAACUCCUCUGCUACCAAAACUGUGGAGCUACAAGGUGGUAAAGUGCUAGCGACGGCAACAACAACUCUGACACUAGAACGAGCCCCCACUUCACAUGAUUUGAAGCCACCGCAGAACUUCCAACCUAUAUCGGAGAGUAGUGACGAAGCGCCGACACCGAGUCGCAAAUCGGCGGCGCGUCUUUCUGAAAAGAUUGUGAAAAACCAAGAAUUUACACCUUCCGCUCCGCCUAAAACUGAUACAGAGAGCGCAUCAGACGUACCGACCGCCCGUCCCCAACGAACUCCCUCGGUAGUGUCGGCCGGGUUCGGUUCCCCCCGCGUGCGAGCGAGACAGCACAACUUCAUAGCGAAGAACUUCUACAAGCGCGAGACGUGCGGGCCCUGCGGCAAGACUAUAAAGUUCGCGAAGGUGGGCGUGAAGUGCGAGCACUGCCGCGCGCAGGCGCACCCCGAGUGCCGCGCGCUGCUGCCGUUGCCCUGCGUGCCGCCCGGCCGUGCGCUACACAACCAGGAGGGCAGCAUAUCAGACUUCGCGCCGUCCACACCGCCCAUGGUACCGGCCAUACUUGUGCAUUGUAUUAACGAGAUUGAAAAGCGAGGCCUCACUGAGCGGGGGAUAUAUCGUGUGAGCGCACUGGAUAAAGAUGUUAAACGGUUGAAGGAGCGUUUCCUGCGCGGCUGCGGCUCCCCGCAGCUGUCGGGCGAGGACAUCCACACGGUGUGCGGCUGCGUGAAGGACUUCCUGCGCGGGCUGCGCGAGCCGCUCGUGUCCAGCGCGCUGUGGGCUGACUUCCUCGCGGCUGCGGCCAGCGCUGACGUCACUGCAGCUGUGGUGCAGGCCGUCAGCCAGCUGCCGCAGCCCAACCGCGACACGCUCGCCUUCCUCGCGCUGCACCUGCAGAGGGUGGCUGAAAGUCCAGAGUGUGAGAUGGGAGUCGAAAACCUGGCUAAAGUGUUCGCUCCCACCGUAGUGGGGUACGGUAUGAUGACGCAACCGGCCGAAAUGUACUCCGCCACUGUGCAUAUGUUCAAUGUGAUGCAAGUGCUGCUAAGCUUGCCCGGUGACUACUGGUCGCAGUGGGCCUGCCCCGCCCCCCCCUCGCCCCCCACCAACAUUAACAAGCCGAGGGGAUACUUCUUUUCGCCGGCUGAUAAUGCAGUGCCGAGAAAAAAGAAAAACUACUUCCAAUGAGGUGGAAUCUUCAAGAAUUAGUAAAUAGAUUUUUUUUUAAGUUGGUUCGUGUAAGAGAACAAUUAUGUUUAACUUUGUUUAUUUUGUUAAGUAAAUAACUUAUGUUUUUGUGUUAGGUGAGGGUAUUUUGUAAGCCAUUUCAAGAUAGUAUUACCCUUAACUUAAAAGUGUUGCCUUAUUUAUUUAUGGAAGUAAAUAAAAUAGUGUAUCGCAAAUAAUAAAUAGAAAUAUACUGUAGAGAAAGAAGUGUCUUUUUUUAAUUUAAUUUUUUUCGGUUAUAUAUUUUUUGUACUUAAAUCGUUUAAGUUGUAUCUAGAUAUAUAUAAAUAGUUUAGUUUAUAAAAAUUGUUAGAAUAACAAUAUGUUUUUGAAGGUGUUCUACCGUUCUACCAUUAUUAGUUUGAUAGGGUAAGGUAAGUAUUCAAGUCAUAUCGAGAAGUGCUGAUUCGAUUUUGAUGCUGUUUUCAAUAAUAGUAUACUCGAUUAUUGAAUGCUAAAGAUUGGAAAUAAUUGCUCUAUUAAAUUUAUAUACUUAUUGUCUAUAACAUAAGAAUUAUGCUAAUAAUAAAUUAAAUCAGUAUUUCAUUAUAUUGAUUUCAAGUACAAUUAUGGAGGAAUUUAUGUUAUAAGAUUAUUAAAACCAAGUUUAGCUUAUUGUUUAAGCUUUAUAUUCAACACUUAUUGCGAUAAGAGACUACAGAAUGUGUAGAGUAUAUCAUUUUUGGCACAACAACUGGUCUUGAAGUGAAUAUUUUUUAUUAUUAUAUUAUAUUAAUAACAUUAUUAAAUAGGUUUAGUUUUCCGUUGUGACGUCAAUCAGCCGCCUACGGUGGUCUAACAGACCUCUAUAGUUUUUAUUUUUAGCAUUAAUAGCACAUAUAGCUAAAAAAUAAGGCUCAAAAUAGUAUCUCAGUUGUGUCUUUUCUUGUUUCGUUA